AUGACCUUACAAUUGCCUAGUGAUAUACCGUCUAGGAUACCAAGUGGUUCUAAAAUAUAUAAAGAUGAUUGCAUGUAUACAUUUGAUACCCCAGAAAAUAAUGAAUUAGGAUUAGAUAUAGAUUUGAAAACUUAUAAGGCAUAUUCAAGAAAUAAUGAUUAUAAUUUCACCGCUAACAAUUAUGAAAAGACGGGAAAUAAAUAUUACUUAAAUAUAAAUAAAACAAAGAAACCUCGAGAAGAAAUUGAUAAGUUAUUAUAUGAUGGCAAUGGUGAGAAGCAUUCUAAAAUACCAAAACUAGAAAUCAAGAAUGUUAAGGAUGAAGAUUAUUAUAACAUUGACAUAUCCGUAUAUGAUGUGGAAGAAGAUAAGUAUUAUAGGAGAGAUGAAAUAAGUAAUGAUUUUAAUAAUUUGAUUGAACAAAUCUUAGAAGCAAAUUCAUCUAAUAAAAAUGAUGAAAUUCAUCAGUGGGAACAAGAAAUUGUUCCAUGUCCGCAUUCAGUCGAUGUACAACAAUUUGAAACGAGUUUGAAACCUGAUCUUGGUCAAUGCAGUCAAUGUGAUUUAAAAGAAAAUUUAUGGAUAUGUUUGCACUGUGGAGUAUUAGGAUGUGGAAGAAAGCAAUAUGGAUCAUCAUUGAAUGGUAAUGGACAUGCAUUGCAACAUUAUGAAUCGACUCAGCAUCCGGUUGCUCUUAAAUUAGGAUCGCUAUCAUCUAACCCAGAUAGUUGUGACGCAUAUUGUUAUCAAUGUAAUGACGAAGUGAAAGUUCCAAAUUUAUCUGCAAUAUUACAAAAAUAUGGUAUUAAUUUAAGUGACUCGGUAAAAACUGAAAAAUCAUUGAUUGAAAUGAAUAUAGAUCAAAAUAUGAAUUGGGAUUUUAAAGAUGAUGAAAAAUUAAAACCAGUUUAUGGUAAAAGCUUGACUGGUUUCCAAAACUUGGGUAAUUCCUGUUAUUUAAACUCGGUAAUUCAAUCAUUGUUCGAUUUGGAACCAUAUAAAAGUUAUUUUGAAAAUUUAGAAUUUGACUUCGAUGUUCAGAACCCGGCUGAAGAUUUGAAAAGUCAAUUGAUAAAAAUAUACGAUGGUCUAUAUAGUGGAAGAUAUUCAAAAUCUGGAUCUAUCAAAGGAGAAGAUUAUCAAAUAGGUAUAAAACCAUCAACUUUCAAAACUUUAAUUGGUCAAAAUCACCCUGAGUUUCAAACUUCAAAACAACAAGAUGCGUUUGAAUUCUUAUUAUAUUUAAUGGAAAGCUUGGAUAAGAAUUUUGGCUUAAUCUUGAAUUCAAAAUUCAAUUUCUUAUUUGCAGAUAAAGUAAUUUGCCUGAAUUGUAAAUAUGGAUCUUUAAAAGAUGAGUCAAUUGAUAAUCUUGCACUUCCAUUGGAAGAUGAAGUUUUAAAUGUGGAAGAUGGAAAAAAGAUUUACAAAAAAACAACCUUAAUGGAUAGUUUUAAAAAACUUACAGCACCAGAAAUUAUUGAAGGUUUCAAAUGUGACAAUUGUAGCUCAGGUAAGCCUGCAAUCAAAUCAAGUGGAUUUGUCACCUUUCCAAAUUAUUUGAUUGUAAAUGUUCAACGAAUAAAAUUGGAAAAUUGGGCACCUUAUAAAGCUGACGUACCAGUUGAAAUACCUUAUGAAUUAGAUUUAGCCGAAUUUAAAGCUCCGAAGUUUAGUGAAACUGAAACACAAGUAGAGUCAAAUGUGUCAAAUGAUGACUCCUCUUCAUUUCAACCGAAUCAAGUUGCGCUAGAUACAUUGUUAGCAAUGGGAUUUCCAGAACCCAGAUGCAUAAAAGCGUUGUAUAUCACUGGAAAUAAAGAUCCUGAAGCUGCAAUGAAUUGGUUAUUUGAGCAUAUGGAAGACGCAGAUAUUGAUGUACCUUUAGAUUUGAACUCAUCAACAAGCAAACUGGUUCCUGUGAAUGAAACGUCUGAAGAAUUAAUUAAUCAAUUAGUCUCUAUGGGUUUUUCCACUCAAUUGUCCAAGAAAGCCUUACAUGUUAAUAGUGGAGAUGUAAAUGCAGCAGUCGAAUGGUUAUUUUCAAAUCCGGAUGAUGAUGGAGUUAUUGAAGAGUCUGGUAUCAAGGCAACAAUAGAUUUGAAGAGCGAAAGGUUAGAAUUGAAAAAAACAUUACAAAACCAAACUAAUACUAAUUCAACUAAAUAUAAUUUGAAAUCAGUGAUAUGUCAUAAAGGUUCAUCUCCACAUACAGGUCAUUAUGUAUCUUUCAUUAGGAAAGAGAUUGAUAAUGAAAUAAAAUGGGUUUUGUUUAAUGAUGAAAAAGUAGUUCUAUGUGAUGAUUCAAAUUUGCAAGAUAUUGAAAACAAUUCGUAUAUCUAUAUAUUUGAAAUGGUUGAUCUUUCAUAA